AUGGUAAAGGUGGAAUGGAAAGAGCAUCACGGCAAGGAUGCCACUUGGGAAAUGGAAGAUGAGAUGAGAACUCGACACCCAGAAUUGUUCCUGGAACAAGGGGAGAGCCAGAGGAAGAGACAGAACUAUGAGAAUCGCCGAGUACCGUUUAAUGCCAAGAGGAAGGCGAACACGGGCAGUUCCAGCAACUCAAAUCAGGAAGGUGAUGCUAAGUCGACGUGUGCAAGUUGUGGGAAGCCACAUUUCGGGGUCUGUCGUUGGGCGUCAGGGGCUUGCUUUGAAUGUGGCGAGAUGGGUCACCGAGUGAAGGACUGCCCGAAGACAAAGGCUGACGAUGGUAAGAAGAAUGGGAACACCUCGGGUUCGGCGCAGAAAGGCAACGUCGGGAAAGGAUAG